UAACGGAAGAAAAAACCGAGAAAGCCAUCUUCUUCUUCUUCAAUUGGAAGCCGGCGACGAGAGGACAUCGACACGGCAGACAUGGCAGGAGGAGGUAAGAGAAGACCCAAUCACAGCAACGAAAACAGAAACAAUCAAAACAACAACAGAAAUGCCAAAACCGACAGUGGAGGCGGCGGAAGCAGCAGAAGGCGAUCAAAAUCAACUCGAAAUUCCCUCUUUAUCGAUGGCGGUCUCUUGGAAGACUGGUCUCCCAUCCAUUCAGGAAGGAGUGUUAAUGUGAAUUCGAAUUCCAAGUGGGUUUCGAAACCGGGGAAUUCUAGUCAAGGAAAAGUGGGUUCUGGUUCGAAGAAUGGGCCUCGUAAAUCCUGUGAAAAUGCUUUUGGUUAUAGCUAUCCUUCUUCUGAGCUUCAGGAGGGUGUAGGCAGAGGUAUGGAUGAAUCGCAACCUAUUGUUGUAGUGCAUUCCAAGGAGACUGAGAUUGUUGCAUAUUUAGAUGAAACACCAACUUCGAAGCCCUAUAAUUUGAAUUCAACUUACAACUACAGUUCAGAUUUUCUACUUGGUGAGAGCUCACACAAGGGAUUGGGGUUCUGUGAGGAACUUGAGGCUACCACUGGUGCUGAAUCAUCCUCAAAGCAAAUGGAAGAGGAAGAGAAGAAAGGAUCUUCUUUUGAUUCAUCAUCUUCUGAUAAAGAAAUGGAUGCUGAUGAUACUGCUAACUGUGAGGCAGGUGAAGAAAUGCUGACUGCAGCAUUUUCUCAGAAGAAAAAUUCAGCUUUUUUGUCUAUUGGAAGCAUAAAUUUAUUCACCCAAGAUAUAUCUGAUGGGGAAAGUGACGAGUCACUGGAUGAAAGCUCCGAAUCUUCUGAACAAGGACAACGAGUUGUGUCUCAAAGUGAUGACUCUGAAGGCACAUCUGAUUGUGAAACGGAUGUUGAUGAUGAAGUUGUAAAAGAUUACUUGGAAGGAAUUGGCAGCUCCAGUAUUCUAGAUGCCAAAUGGUUGGUAGAAAAUGAUUUGGGUGAUUCAGAUAAGGAUAUUUCUUCUAGUGGUUUCUUCGAUGAGACUCUAAAGAAGUUGAGUGGGAUUGCCCUCGAGGAGGCAUCUAGAAGUUAUGGUAUGAAGAAACCCCAAUCAAGAAAGUACCAUUCUUUGUCUGCCAGAGAUGUGUCUCCAUUUUUGGAUGAUUUUAUGCUUGUAAAGGAUCCAAGAAUCAUCUCUGCCAAAAAGAAGCAUGUUGCCCGCUUGCCUCAGUCUUGGCCUUUAGAGGCUCAAAGGAGUAAAAACUUUAGAAAUUUUCCUGGUGAAAAAAAGAAACAUCGUAAAGAAAUGAUUGCUGUCAAGCGUCGUCAAAGAAUGCUGGCCCGGGGAAUUGAUAUGGAGAAAUUAAAUAAGAAACUAGAGCAAAUUGUUUUGGAUGAAGUGGACAUAUUUUCUUUUCAACCCAUGCAUUCACGGGAUUGUUCCCAGGUUCGACGACUGGCAGCAAUUUACCGCUUGCAUAGUGGGACCCAAGGUUCUGGCAAGAAAAGCUUUGUAACAGUGUCAAGAACACAGCACACAUGCAUGCCAUCAGCUACUGAUAAACUCCGUCUAGAAAAGCUGAUAGGGGCUGGCGAUGACAAUGCUGAUUUAGCUGUUAAUGAAGGUCCAAGAACAAAAUCAGCUAGUGCAGACAGAAAGAGGAAGAAGAAAAGCGCAAGGGGGAGUGGUGGGAGAAAUGGUUUAUAUGCUAGUGGUGGGAGAAAUGGUUUAUAUGCUAAUCAACCAGUGUCGUUUGUAUCAAGUGGAGUAAUGCAAUCUGGAGACGCUGAGACCAUAACAGUGGAUUCUCAAGAGAUAAACGGAACUGGUGAAAACAAGGAUGCUACAAGCUCAUCGUCGAAGUUUGGUGCAUUUGAGGUGCACACUAAAGGAUUUGGAUCUAAGAUGAUGGAAAAAAUGGGAUUUAUACAAGGUGGGGGAUUGGGAAAAGAUGGUCAAGGUAUGGCACAACCCAUUGAAGUGACCCAGCGGCCUAAAUCUCUUGGUUUGGGUGUUGACUUCUCCGACAUCAGUGUUGACUCGGUGAAGAAUAAACCUCAAAGCAGUAGAACUGGAACGUCUAUAAAACAUAGUAAGACUGAAAACCUAGGAGCUUUUGAAAUGCACACCAAAGGAUUUGGAUCCAAGAUGAUGGCGAAGAUGGGUUUUGUUGAAGGCAUGGGCCUGGGCAAAGAUUCCCAAGGUAUCGUCAACCCUAUAGUUGCUGUUAGGCGUCCAAAAGCUCGGGGGUUGGGUGCCAAAAGUUAGGCAUCGGCUUUCUCUUUUUCCUCGGGCCGAACAUAGCCGACAAAAUGUAUAAUUUGUUUUAAAGGUACUUGCUGAUAAAUUGAUCUUGCCUUGUACCUAAGUUAAUUACUAGCAUAAUUACCCGACUGGGUAACUGUUGCAAGGGAAA